GGAGUUCAGGCACUGCCCCUUCUUCAGGUCUGAGGUGCUGCUGCAUAUAAAAAGCACCAGCAGGUGACGGCUGCGUCUGCAGGUCUGAUCUCCAGCAGGCAGAGAGUUCAGAAUGUACGGACACAACCAAGGAAACCCGUAUCCCCCUGGUUACCCCAACCAUCCUCAGGAGAUGCCGGGAGGAUAUCCUAACUGUCCUCCAGGCGCUGUCCCACCACCUCACGGCCCUCCUCACGGCCCUCCUCACGGCCCUCCUCAUGGCCCUCCUCAUGGCCCUCCUCAUCCCCAUGGCCCACAUGGAGGCUAUCCUGGGCAUGGACCCGGACCUGGUUAUGGACCUGGACCUGGUUAUGGACCUGGACCUGGUUAUGGACCUGAACCUGGACCUGGUUUUGGACCUGGGCCUGGUUAUGGGCCUGGACCUGGUUAUGGUCAAGGCCACGGACAUGACCAUGGACAUGGACAUGGACAUGGACACGGACACGAACAUGGACACGAACACGGACAUGGGCACAAGGACAAGCACAAGCACAAGCAUGGUCACAAGCAUGACAAAUCUCACAAGAAAGGAAACAAGAGCCAUGGGUCCUCCAGCAGCUCCAGCAGCGACUCUGAUUAGAUGAAAGUUCUUGGAAGUGAGAGAGAGCUGAAACCUAGAAAUCUUCAUCCUCCUAUCAUAUCGUCACCCCCCUGCCGACAGCUUCUUCAUGUAUAAGCUUAAAAAUACAUUGUGUCAAUCUAAACCAACCUAACAAAAACCAUCUGGAUUUAUCUUUUAAAAAUGUUGAUUGUAGAAAUGUGUAUUUAGCUUUAAUAUUUUAAUUUUGUCAUCUGAAUCUAUAGUUAUUGUUAAAUGAACAACAUUUUGAAUAUCAUUGAUGGUCACUGUGACUUUCUAAUGUGCAACAUGCAUAAACUUUGGUCUGAGACACAUUACAGACAUUGCAUUCAUGACUGUGUUUGUAACAAAAAAAUAAAAGAUUUCUUAGUACAAUGACAACA